AUGCAUCAUUCAGAAUCUGACGCGAAACGGGCAAAUUUUUCGGCUCUCAGUCCUAUUAAUGGAGCCAUCGUUAAGACGACGGCUGCCGGAAAGCCAGGAGACGUCAAAAAAAUCGUCAUUAAAAAUAUGAAAUCAUAUCCAUCUAUACCGGAAAACUUUGAACAGACUACCUGGAACCAGUUACGCUCGGCCGUAGUUGCCAUUCAGACUGCUACACCAAUUGAGCAUUCGCUCGAGUGUCUCUGUCAAGCCGUUUCGCACAUGUGCGAAGACAAGAUGGACUCGCAGCUGUACGUUAAUCUAACAGCGUUAGUCGAACAACACGUCAAGGCCAACAUAGUCCCGUUUUUGUCGGAAUCGGGCGACAAGCUAGUUUAUCUCAAGAAAAUGAACGACUACUGGCAGGCACACUGUCAGCAGAUGAUCAUGAUCCGCAGCAUAUUCCUAUAUCUUGAUCGCAUCUACGUAUUGGCUAAUCCUACUGUUCACUCUAUAUGGGAGAUGGGACUAGAGCUCUUUCGGGACCAUAUUGCUCUCAACAGCUUAGUGCAAGCGCGUACCGUCGAAGGGAUUCUCAUCCUUAUUGAAAAAGAACGACACGGCGACACCGUUGAUCGGUCGUUACUCAAGAGCCUACUGCGUAUGCUCUCGGAUUUACAAAUCUAUCGUGAUGCUUUCGAGCAAAAAUUUUUAACAGCGACUAAACACCUCUACCAAGCGGAAAGUCAGACCAAAAUGGAACAGUUGGACGUAUCAGACUAUCUGCAGCAUGUGGACAAACGGCUCACGGAGGAAGACGAACGGUUGGAGCACUAUCUCGAUAGCUGCACGCGUCACCAGUUAGUUGUGACCGUCGAGCGGCAGCUGAUCAACGAACACGUGACCGGAAUACUGCAGAAGGGAUUGGACGCAUUGCUAGAAGAAAAUCGUCUGAGCGAUCUGACGAGGCUGUACCGGUUAUUUAGUCGCGUGAAGAAUGGCACCACCGAGCUAUGCGCACACUUCAACGCGUAUAUUAAAAAAAAGGGUCGCACCAUUGUAAUUGAUCCCGAAAAGGACAAGUCCAUGGUGCAAGACCUGCUCGAUUACAAGGAUAAAAUGGAUCACAUUGUCAAUGUGUGUUUCGAGCGGAAUGAAAGGUUUGCCAAUUCGCUGCGUGAAGCUUUCGAGUACUUUAUCAAUCAGCGAUCCAACAAACCUGCCGAGCUUAUUGCGAAGUACGUCGACAUGAAGCUCCGUGCUGGCAACAAGGAAGCAACGGAAGAAGAGUUGGAGCAAAUUCUCGACAAAAUUAUGGUGCAGUUUCGGUUCAUUCACGGCAAGGACGUGUUCGAAGCGUUCUAUAAGAAAGAUCUGGCCAAACGACUGCUGGUAGGUAAGUCGGCAUCGGUGGACGCUGAAAAAAGUAUGUUGUCAAAACUUAAGCAAGAAUGUGGUGGCGGUUUUACAUCGAAGCUGGAAGGCAUGUUCAAGGAUAUGGAACUUAGUCGAGAUAUCAAUUUAACAUUCAAACAGAGCAUGCAAAAUUCUGAGCACAAAGAACUACAAAAUAUUGAUCUUACCGUCAACAUACUAACCAUGGGCUUUUGGCCAACAUACCCAGUGAUGGAGGUGACACUUCCUCAAGAGUUAUUGCAGUAUCAGUCAAUAUUCAAUAAAUUCUACCUAGCGAAACACAGCGGACGUAAGUUGCAAUGGCAACCAACACUGGGACAUUGUGUGCUUAAAGCCCAAUUUGAUGCGGGUCCAAAAGAUUUGCAAGUUUCACUGUUUCAAGCUCUGGUUCUAUUGUUGUUCAAUUACAACGUCACCAUCCAGUUUGAAGAAAUACUUUCAGCCAUCAAUAUAGAGACGGGAGAAUUGAAGCGUACCUUACAAUCACUGGCAUGUGGGAAGGCGCGCGUACUUACAAAAAUUCCUAAAGGCCGUGAAGUGGAAAACUCGGACAAAUUUCAAUUCAACAAUGAGUUCACCAACAAGCUGUUUAGGAUCAAAAUAAAUCAAAUUCAAAUGAAGGAAACUACUGAAGAACAAAAGGCAACCGAAGAACGCGUGUACCAAGAUCGACAGUAUCAAAUUGACGCAGCUAUAGUUCGAAUAAUGAAAAUGAGAAAAACACUCUGCCAUAACCUUUUAAUAACGGAAUUGUACAAACAGCUCACCUUCCCAGUCAAGCCUGCCGACUUGAAGAAACGAAUCGAAUCAUUGAUAGACCGAGACUACAUGGAGCGGGAUAAGGAUAAUCAAAAUCAAUACAACUAUGUUGCCUAAUUGCCUUGCUGAACUUCGAAUGUCCAAUUCUCUAUUGGCCAAGCAGCCAACACAACAUCGAGCUAUCAAUAAAAUCACUUGAAUUUCAUUCAUUUCUAUCUACUCGAUGCCCAUGCUGCAAUGCGCCCUCAGCAGCGGUGUAAAAAGUUUGUAAUAAAUCUGC